AUGGCCCUGAGAGGACCCCGCCCCUUGCUCUUCCUGACCCUCAUCCUGCUGGCCGCCGGCCUGGCCCAGCUCAGCGAAGGCGCCAGCUACCGGCAGUUCGUGACCCAACACUUUGACAACCCCAAGACCAGUGCUGCCAACGACCGGCUCUACUGCAACCUCCUGAUGCAGCGCCGUGGCCUGACCCGCUUCUUCUGCAAACGCCGCAACACCUUCAUCCAUGCCCCCGCCGGCCAGCUCCAGGCCAUCUGUGCCCAUGGAGGGACACACGUGAGCCUCAACCUCUACGAUAGCCUGGAGUCCUUCAACGUCACCACGUGCCGGGUGCUGCCCCGCUCCCGCCCGGGGAACUGUAGAUACAGGGCUGCAAUCGGCAACACCAAGAUCCGCGUGGCCUGUGUCAAGGGGCUGCCUGUGCACUUAGAGCCAACGUACCUGCCAUGA